AUGAGCAAUUUUCAUAAAGAACCUCACGAAAUCGGUUUGCAAACUGAUCCUGAUCCAACUGACGUUGCUAUAAUUUCACUUUUACAAAAAAAAUACUCGUUCAGUGUUUCUUCUUUUCCAACUUUAGGAAAUGAUAAACUGAAUGAAAUAUUGAAAAUUUCUUCUGCAACUACUAAUGAGAUUGAUAAAACAUUAAAUAGCGCAUCACAAAAGAAUCUUAUUGAAUCAUCAAGUUCAGCCACAACAAAUAAAUUGAUAUACGUUCCUCCUCAACAACGCGUUAAUAAUCACAAAGACCAUACUGAUGAAUCUGAUUCAUUUUUUAAACAGCCUGUAAAAGAGAAAUCAUUGUAUAAAAUUCCACAAAGAUCAACAUCAUAUAAAGAAGAAAAUCAUUCAACUACCACUAAUAAAGGUUCUUGGGAUAGUAUUCCACCACAGCAAUCAACUAAAAAUGAUGAUUGGAUCACGUCUGCUUCAUCACCACAACAACAAUCAACUAAUAAAAAUGCUUGGGAUAUCGUUCCACAGCAAUCUACUAAUAAAGGUGGUGGUUGGGAUGUUGUUCCACCACAGAAACCAAUUAAAAAUGAUGAUUGGAUCACGUCUGCUCCACCACCACAACAAUCGGUCAAAAAAAAUGAUUGGAACACAUUUGCUUCUUCUCCACCACCACAACCGGCCAAAAAAGAUGAUUGGAACACAUUUGCUUCGUCGCUACCACCACCACCACAACAAUCAUCACUUAAAGUAGAUAGUUGGGGCACAAAUGCUCAACAACAACAAUCAACUGAUCAAUUAACUAAUAAAGGUGGUCCUGCUUGGAAUGUUGCUACACCAUCAUCAACUAACAUAGAUGAUCGGAGGGAUACUGCACCACAGCAAUCAAAUAUACAAACACCAUGGGGCACCACUACUACUGACACAUCAUCAGGUGUAGUAGCAGAUAAUUCAAACAACAGAAAUUCUUGGUUGAAACAAGCAGCUGCAUUUGAGGAAGAACUUGGCACAAAAAAUACUACUGAUAAUGAAAAUACCGCAAAACCACCAAGAGACAAUUAUAAUGAAGGUUAUUCAAAUAAUAAUAAUGGUUACGAAUACCAGAAUUAUGGCAAAAGAGAUGAUAGAAACAAUUAUUCUAAUGAUUUCAGAAAUAAAAGUAAAGGUGAUAUGGCAUGUUAUAAAUGCAAUGAAACUGGUCAUAGAGCAUUUGAAUGUCCCAAUGAUUCAACUAUGAAGAUAUCUGAAGAGGAAGCAUGGGAAAAGAUGAUGAAAGCUGACGCAGAAAAAAACAUUGAAGAUUUUAAGGAGAUGUUUGAACAUUAUUCCAAAGCAGCAGCCAGUGAAACUUUUCAGACAAUUGAGACCAAAUUAAGAAAAGCUGGAUGCAAUACAAAAAUAAUAGCUUUGGAACGAGAGGCAAUACCUUUGAGAAAAUGUUUGGUUGAUCUUCAAGGAAAUAAAGAGAAAAAAUACUUGGCUAUUUUAACUAUGACAGAUCCAAACAAGCUUCCAAAAUCUUCAGGAAAUAGAGCUGUAGAUGCGGAAGAAAAUUUUAGGUGGCUUGCAGAUGCGGGUUUUAUGAAAGAUGAUUUUUCUUUACCAGUAUGCUUCAAUUGUAAACAAAAAGGUCACCUUUCAAAAGAUUGUUCCGAACCAAAAAAAGAAUACAAACGUACAUAUUUGGCAUGCCAAAAUUGUGAUUCUACUGAACAUAUUACUAAAUAUUGUAAAGAAGAACGCCGUGAUUAUGAAAGUCGAAGAGGUGGUGAUCGUGGUAGACCAUCAGGCGGUAGAGAAUGUUAUAAAUGUGGUUCAUCUGAUCAUCUUGCUCGUGAAUGUAAUAAUAACGACGGUGGCGGUGGAACAGGAGGAGGAAGUGGUUUUGAUACUUCAAACGAUUUUACUUCAUCUACUACUAAUAUCAAUGGUGAGGACGAUUGGAAAAAAGCAGCUGAAUCAGCAAAAUCUAGUUGGGGCGUGGUUGAGAAUCCUGUUGAAGGGAAAUCAACUGGCGGAGGCGAAAUUGCUUUUGUCACUCAAUCUGAUUCCACUUCUACAUGGAACAAUAAUAAUACUCCUCAUGAUGGUUAUCGAAACAAUACUGGUAAUGAUGCCGUACCAAGGUGGUAG